AUGUCUUCUAAUUUUGAAGUUAAUAAAAAUAUUACUGUUCACACUUGUUGUUCGUGUCUUGAAACAAGCAGCGAUAGAUAUGUUACCUUAAAAGAAAACUGUGAUAUAUCACAGCUCUAUCAAUUUUGUACUGGAAUACCUGUCUCACCAGAUUUACCACAAUUUUUAUGUAAUAAAUGUGUAAAAAAUAUUAAAGAAUAUGCUCACUUCAAAAAGAAAUGCCGUAAAUCAUAUAAGGUUUGGAAAUCUUAUCUUAACCAAGGGAAAUAUUAUGAAGAAAGUAACACUUCUAUUGAAGUCAAAAAAGAAAAUGAUUCUAUAGACGAUCUACCAGAAGAUUCAAGUACCUCACAUGACAAUUCCUUGAAUGAUGAUGUUGAAACGUCCGAAGAUGAAAAUGAUCAUAGAGAAAGAACGGACUCUGCACCUAAGUAUAAGAGAUAUCAGGAAUUGGACUUACGAAAUGUGAUCAUUAAAUAUAAACAAGAAAACUAUGAUAGCUGUGAGAACGAAGGCUUGGUUAAAGUUUUGGAGUGCAGCAAAUGUAAAAAACAAUACCAAAAAGCCAAAUGCCUGAUUAAGCAUAUGAUGCAAUCAUGUUACAAUCACGUGGAUGUUAAUAAACUAGUGUUAGUGAGAAAAUUUAGAACACCAAUUUCCGUAGACGAGAACACAGACAUUGAAUUAUUUUGUGGUAUAUGCGAGUUCGCGUCAGCCAGUCGCGACGAUAUGAAGAAACAUUUGCAUGAGCAUUGGAUGGAAAACGAUAUGCGAUGCAAGUUAUGCGCCUAUGUUGGGAAAGACAUCGCUGAGUUGAUUGGACAUAGGUCUCUCCACCAACCUUACGAGUUCUUCUCGAAGAUGGAGAACCGCGCCUGUCACAUUUGCAACAAGAGGUGUGCCACGCCCAUGAGGUUGCAGUUCCACUAUAGAUCGGUGCACCUGAACAGGAGUGGUGGUCUUUGCACCGUCUGCCGCAAAGCGUUCAGAUGCUACACCGCUUGGCGGAAUCACGAGAGGCUGCAUGAGGGCGGCAAGUAUAUCUGCGACCUCUGCGGAAAUAAAUUCCUAUUCCGCCACCAAAUAAAGACCCAUCUCGCCGAGCAUUCGAAUGUCAGGGGCUCCAUUUGCGACGUAUGCGGGAAGGGAUUUAAGCGAGCGUCGUAUUUAAAGGAGCAUCUGAACACCGUCCACACGGUGGAGCCGGUCCAGUGCCCUCACUGCGGCAAAACCUUCAAAUGCCCCGCGAACCUGAAAGAGCACUUAAAGCAUGUCGGCAAGGCGAGACACUUCCAGUGCGAGGUCUGCGCCAAGCGCUUCACCUCCGCGGCCUCCCUCAAAAGUCACGCCUUCUGGCACACCGGCGAGAGGCCGCACGCGUGCGAAAGCUGCGGCGCCCGCUAUAAGGCGAAGGCGCAGCUCAAGAUCCACAUGAGGAAGCACACCGGCCAACGGCCGUACAGAUGCCACCUGUGCGACAAGUGCUUCCCGACUGCGGUGCAGUUGAAGCGGCACGGCAGCGUGCACACGGGCGACCGACCGUACAAGUGCUCGUACUGCCCCCGCUCGUUCCACUACAAGAAGUUGCUGGUGCACCACACCGCAUCCAAGCACGGCCGCGUAAGGCCCGAA